UUGUUUCGGGCUGCGAACUUCGCUGGAAAAAAAACCCAAGCGAGAAAACAAAAACAUUUCGUAAAUAAACAACAUAUCAAAUGUCUCUUGUGAAAGGAAAUUCUUAGUUCAACUGAAAUGGGUUCCACUUUUUCUGGUUACACACGUUCCCCUAGAGUUUCUGAUAUCAAAGGAAGAAAGAGAACACUUAACGAAGAUGACAGUGAUGACGAGAGUGAGGCAAAUGAAGUUCUACACACCCCGCAACGAAAAAAGAUGAAGUCCACUUCCAAGUACAUCUACAAUGCACUGUUUGUGAAUGGGGAGAAUUCUGACAUCUCAAUACAUGCCCUAGGGAAGGACUGGCCUCUUCACAAGAUAUAUCUUUGUCAGUCGAGUUACUUUGCGAGUAUGUUCAAUGGGUCAUGGAGAGAAUCAAAGCUCACCGAGAUAGAUAUUGAUGUACCAGACACAAACAUUGAUAAAGAGGCCUUACAGAUCGCCCUUGGCUCGUUAUACAGAGAUGACGUACUCAUAGAACCUGUCAAGGUUGUUUCCGUGCUUGCCGCCGCUUCACUUCUUCAACUAGAAGGACUUAUCCAACAGUGUGCUGAUAUUAUGACUGAAACCAUUAGUCCCAAGACAGUAUGUAGCUACCAUUCAGCAGCAACAUCUUAUGGCUUACAACAAGUGGCAAAGAGUUGCUUUGAGUGGUUGGAGCUGAAUUUGAUGGUUGCACAGAAACCAACAUUACUAAGGGAACUUAGCUCUGAGUUAUUUGAGAAAGUUAUCCAAUCUCCCAACCUCUUUGUGCUACAAGUGGAGAUGGAUGUCUACUCAAUGGUCAAAAAGUAUGUGUUCUUGAAGCUGACACCUUCAUGGCAGGGAGAUUCCAAGAUGCUCGGAAGAGAAGCUGAUAAAUACUUCAGGAGAUAUAAUGCAGGUUGUUUUCUGAAGUCUGACGUGGGGGCGCCCUACGCUCGUCUCUUCUCUGUGCUGAGGCUAGGAAGUAUCAUCAAUGAGCCAAGUUCUUGUAGACAUGUAGAAGAUGACAAGAUUAUUAUGCAAGAUUUUCUACUGCCAGUUUACAGACAGCAAUGGCAGCACAUGUUAGCCGUGGAGCAUGGCCAGGACCUAGGGCCGAAGGAUGAGACGGUCUCUGCAGAUCAGUUUGAUCAGCUCAGUAUGAGAUGUGGACGAAUCAUCAAAAAAGAUGCAGAGUAUUGCUGGAGGUGGACAGGGUUCAAUUUUGGAGUUGAUCUUCUUGUCACAUUUACAAAUAGAUUGAUAAUUUUGAGGCGGAAUACGGGUACUCAUCCUGUCACAGCUAGUGUCAGCCUACAGAAUAGCAGAAAUAUCAUGUUUAGAAUAAGAGUUGUUUCCUAUGACAGUCAGGGUCAGAUCUUGUAUCAGAAGCUGAGUGAUUUAACUCCACUGGCGCUACACAAAGAUGAGGAGAUUGUGGUAUUAAACAUUGACCGACACGCCCCUUUCCCAAUGCAAAUAGGGGUGAAUGUGAUGUGCGUGACUCCGCCCCAACCUGUGGUAGAGACGGCAGAGAGUUUAACCCUUCAGCAACCUACCCAAAGGCAGCAGCAACUCUCGGGUCAAGAUGAAUGAGCUACUGUUCAGGGAUUUAAAGUCUCAAGAAUAAACUGAUGAACUUCAAACCAUUGCCUGGAGCCGAUAUCUAGCCAAGAUAUGGACUUGAGGUCAUGAAUUCCAAGUAAAACAUUGAAACUAUUAUGUGGUGUAUGAUAACUGUAGACCCUAAGCUAGACAUACAAGCCAUCAAACAUGUGAAAGGACUUCAGCGGUGUUCCACACGUCAGCUUUGCCUGUUUUGUUUACAACCGCUCUACAAGCCUUGGGGAUAGUUGUUUUGAAGAUAACUGUCCACAAUUGUUAUGUUUGAACCUGCCCGAUAGCUCCUUGAAGCACUGAUUUUUUCAUUUACACACUUUACAACUCUGUGGCAGGAUGCUAAAGUUCCAAAUUUGUAUGCAGGAAGGCUUUAUUUCAAGGUGGUAUUUUGUUGAUCAACAAGUUUCUGUGUGUGUGGUCUGUGACAUGCAAACAUCUUCAACUGCAACCUUGGUUAGUUUGUACUGCGGUGCAAACAUCUUCAACCCCAACCUUGGUUAGUUUGUACCUGUGGUGCAAACAUCUUCAACCCCAACCUUGGUUAGUUUGUACCUGUGGUGCAAACAUCUUCAACCCCAACCUUGGUUAGUUUGUAUUGUGGUGCAAACAUCUUCAACCGCACCCUUGGUUAGUUUGUACUGUGGUGCAAACAUCUUCAACCGCAACCUUGGUUAGUUGUACUGUGGUGCAAACAUCUUUAACCACAUCCUUGGUUAGUUUGUACCUGUGGUGCAAACAUCUUCAACCCCAACCUUG